AUGUCACCUUUGCCAGUCAUUACGUGUGGCAGCACCAACCCGCAGGUUUUCAACGCUGUCAAACCCCUUUACUUACCUGAGUACGAAAUUGUACACAACGUCACAAGCAGCACCUCCGGUGCCGUCGAAAUACCCCUCUUGCUGCAAGGGCUUGCCCCCCCAAUUGCUGAAGAGUCCGAUCAAGGUACCAUGGACUAUUCCAAGCCGCCUGUGGCUAUCUUUGCAGGGGCUCUUUACAGCGAUGAAGACAUCGACAAGAUGCGUCAAUCCUGUCUAGAGUUCAGUUCUGUACCUUGGUUAAAGAUGGAUAUGACGGUGCCCAAGCCGCCAAUAGGACCAGGGUAUGCUGAGCAUGUUGUGCAGCGGAUCAAAGCUUGUAUGGUGAAGAUCGAGGCUGAGGGAAAGCUAGAACAAGAUGGCGUGUGGCUUUAUUGA